AUGACGAGUAGUAGUGGAAGCCUCAAACUAGAGAUAUUCCACAGCGACGACAAGACGCCGGGAAAGUGGAGCGUACCGCUCGGUGAGGAAGUUUUCCGGAGGUUCUUGAGCGGCGGGGGAGGCUCAGAGAAGGCUGUGUUUGGCGAGGGAUCUAUUUUCAGCCCGUUUUUGUUCGGGAAGUACUUUGAUCCCUCAGAUGCGUUUCCCUUAUGGGACUUUGAGGCAGAGGUUUUGCUGGCGAGCCUCAGGAGCUUAGGACAGUGUAGAGUUGAUUGGUCUCAAACCGAUCAAGCUUAUCUUCUUAAAGCCGAUCUACCCGCGGUGGGCAAAAAUAAUGUGCAGGUGUACGUGAACGUUAACGGAAAAGUGAUGGAGAUUAGUGGCCAAUGGAACAGCAACAAGAAAACAGUGGCCAAUGGCGACUGGAGAAGCGGUCGGUGGUGGGAAUACGGCUACGUUCGCCGUCUCGAGCUUCCAGGUGACGCUGACACCAAAAACUCCGAAGCUUUCCUCUCCAACAAAGAUGACUACUCUUUCUUAGAGAUCAAAAUCCCCAAGAUCAGUUCCAAGAACAAGUUUUAA